UCCUUUUCAUCGAAUGAACAAAGAGAGUCGUUGCGCAUCGUAGUAACUCUAAGCGGAGGGGCUCUCCGAAGAAGUUCAGCAGUUGCUUGUGACAAAGAACGUAAACACACAAUCAACAGCUGAUUUGACAGCAACGUAAUGCACAAAAGAACAACAUUGGUGUUUGUGCUAGAUCCGCGCCAUCCACAAAUGGCAAGCUAGUUCGAAGCCAACAUUUGUAUUUCUUGGUCGUCUGAGUCGAUAAGGUGCGUCGGUAGUUUUACACGUAGACACGUAGAUAGUGUUUCGCGCGUAAACAACAACAUAUCUGCUCAACCUCUUCGCGUCCUUUCCGUGAACCUCAAAACGUACAAGAAUGUCGGUGGAAAAGUUUGAUUUGCAAAGAGUGCACGAAAAGUUCACCGAAAGCCUCACCGCUGACGACGAUGUCUACGUGGACCAGUAUCUGGAAGCGUUUAAGGAGUUAUAUAAAUUUUUCCAGCUCAUGGGAACGGUGUUCGGAUUUGUCAGCAGCGACGUGAAGGAAAAGGUGGAGAUUCUCGAGAAGCUGCGCGCGAAAGAGAACGCCGAAAGUUUUGUCACCAUCCGCACGAUGAUGGAGUACGAGCGGGACUCGAAUUUGCUCAACAAAAAGGACUACGUAUCCGGCAGCAGGACAUUGCUACGGCUUCAUCGAGGUUUGGAUUUCAUACAGGAAUUUUUGAAACGAGUCGGCGAACUGGAGGGCGACGUCAAGACGAACGCCGUUUGUCAGGCGGCGUACAAUGAUACCCUUGCUCAAUUCCAUCCUUGGCUCAUCCGGAAAGGGGCAAACAUGGCGAUGUAUGCCCUUCCGACGCGGGAUCAACUGCUAGAUAGAGUGUGUGUGGACGUGUCGGUAGCGAUGAAAAUGCUUCCCGAAAUGUUGUCCGUAACCCGCGGCGUGUACGAUCGUACGCAGGAUCUCUACACCAAGUACGAUUUACACGGCCUGCCGUAAGAAGAGCGAUAACCCUUCCCGCCCGCUUGUGAGAUACAUUGAUUGUUGUUUUGUUUUAAACGAAGCGCUUUUAACUAAUUUAAGUUGUAAGUUUUUUAAUAGUCAAUUCGGUUGCGUGAAGUAUUGGCACACGUUGUGUGUCGCUAGGAACGACCUGGUGUGCUACUAAUUAGAUAGCUUUACAUAGGCCCUCGAGGUUUCAUUUUAUUAAACGGGUUUCCCCGGAUUCGUCAGCAAAAAUGCGUAUUUUCCCCGAUUCGGAAGCAUAAAAUUAAUGAGCGAGUGAUGAUGAGCUUUAACUAUAUACGUAUCGAUGGCGUGCGACACGGAAAGUGUGUCCUCGAUAAAGGUGAAGGUGUCCUCGCUAAACAGGUGCGAUUUGCUCAACAAAGAAAUCCCUUUUAUCUAAAAAGUAGAAAAAGAGAGUUAAAUCGUGUGAACCCUGAAUAGAAUCAUUACUCAUUAAAAUCGCUUUACAUUCCAGUAAUCGCCCCUAUGUAACUCAUACUGCAAAUAGCUGUAGCAUGGAAGGGGCAAAGCGAAAUGUGAAUGCUUAACGACAAAUAAAAACGUUUUUAUUGUGUAUACCUGAUUGAAA